AUGACUUCCACUCUCGCCUUGUGGCUUGGGAGUCUGGCUGCGGCGUAUUUGUUUCUUUCUGCAAUCCUUCAUCUCACUCAAGACGCAAAAGAGCCACCUGCGAUAGCGACUUCCAUCCCGUUCGUGAGUCCACUGCUUGGUCUCAUCACGGGCAUGCAGACCUUCUUUGUGAAACAAAGAGACAAGUAUGGUCUCCCAAUCUACACCCUCCGCAUGCCAGGUCAGCGCACAUACGUCGUCAACUCUGUGUCUCUUAUCCCAGCACUUCAACGUCAGAUCAAGACCAUCGCGUUUGCACCUAUUGAGGCUCAAGCGGCAGCGACAGUAAUGGGUGUCGGCCCGUCCGGAAACGCCAUCAUCGGCUCAGACCGUAUGCUCGAGGACGGUUCUUACCUAUCAACAUUCGUGCCGUCCAUCCAACCAGCUUUGGGCCCUGGGCCCGGACUCGACGCAAUCAACGGCUCAGCAAUCCGAUACAUUGCAGAUUCUCUGGAAUCCCUCAACUCCAACGGCCCAAAGACGGUGGAAUUAUUCUCCUGGAUCCGUGGAGAGCUUUUCAUGGCCACAACCGAGUCUAUCUAUGGACCACAGAAUCCGUUUCGUGACUCUGCUCUCGAGAAGGCAUGGUACAACUUCGAGCCGGGUAUCAUGAUUCACAUGCUCAAAGCAUGGCCAGGGAUUAUGGCGCGAAAGAGUCUGCAUGCACGAGAACACCUCCUUAUCCCAGCCUUCGAGAAAUAUUUCACGGAGAACGGCCACCAUAAGGGUUCUCUCCUCGUACAAUGUCGAUAUAAUCACAACAUAGGCCAUGGCUUGCAGGGCAGAGACGUAGCGGCCACCGAGAUCGGGCAGAUGGUCGCCUCCUUGACCAACAGCAUGGCGAGCGCGUUCUGGAUGGUGUACCACAUCUUCUCUGAUCCGACAGUCCUCAAAGAGUGCCGGGAAGAGGUUGAGCAGCUCGUUGAAGUGACCAAGGACGGUACUUGCGCCAUCGAUUUUACCAAGGUCAAGUCCUCGUGUCCGAUGCUUCUCUCAACCUGGCAAGAGACCCUGCGGUACUCGCAUAUUGGUAUCGCUGCUAGGGUGGUCAUGGAUGAUACCAUGCUGGCCAACCAGUACCUCCUGAAGAAGGGCGCAACCGUUAUGACCGUCACCCCAGUUCAACACACCGAAGAGGCUUUGUGGGGCCCCACGGUGAGCAGUUUUGAUCAUCACCGGUUUCUACGCGAGCCUGGUAGAAAACGCACCAACCCUGUUGCCUUCCGGGCUUUUGGUGGUGGUACGGUGCUCUGCCCUGGGCGGCAUUUUGUCACCACUGAAGUUAUGUCAUUCACGGCCUUGCUACUACUUCGUUUUGAUUUGAGGCCUGCGACUCAGGAUGGCAAGUGGGCAAAGCCACGGAAGAAUUUCCCCAUGACGUCGUCCAUGCCGACUCCUAAGGAUGAAGUGCAAGUAGAGAUUGUCCCGAGAGACAAGCCAGGUCGGAAAUGGCAUGUCACUUUCUCGACAUCUGGCAAGGGUGCGGAUAUCACCGCGGAAGAUGAAAAUAAGGGCGAUUCUUGA